AUGGCUUUAGAGAUGCUGACGAUCGACGUCAAGCCUACAAGUCCUACAGAAGUAUUGCCCCUUCAUGUAAAGGUUGCCAAGAAGUAUCAAGUUACGCCUGCAUUCCGCGACAAAGACGGUGAAGAGAAACGGAUGGACAUGGAUGACAAAGGCACUCAACAAACAUCUCCAGCUCUCAGAUGCAAAUAUCCCUAUGGAGCUGCCGGUGUCAUUCAAACUAGAAAGUCUUCGAGCGUGGAUACUAGAAGAGCGGAGAGGAGAGGUGGGGAAGGAGCAUAUGUGCAUGAGAGUCAGCAAUCUCCACAGUUAGGCGGACUGCUGAGGUAA